AUGGCUGGUGUCUGUGAGGAAGAGGAGGGAGAAUGCAGCUGAAAAACCACAGAUGGGAUCUGUAUCCUUUGAUGCCUCAAUGAACCACACAACUGUGGUGGAAUUUGUCCUCUUGGGACUGGCCAACAGCCGCCAUUUGGAGAUCACCCUCUUUCUGUUUCUUGCCAUUGCCUACUUCUUGAUCCUGCUUGGSAACAUUUCUGUCAUCAGCAUCACUCUUGUGAGCAAUUCCCUUCAGACCCCGAUGUACUACUUCCUCAGGAAUUUUGCGCUUUUGGAAAUCACUUUCACCUCCACGUUCAUUCCCAGCACCCUGUACAGCCUCAUGACAGAGAGGAGGACAAUUUCCCUGCCUGGCUGUUUCCUUCAGAUGCUGUUGUUCUAUUGCCUGGGGACCUGCACGCUUUUCCACAUGGCAGUGAUGUCCUUGGAUCGCUUUGUUGCCAUUUGCCACCCUUUGCAUUACCCAGUGAUAAUGAACAGCAGAUUUUGCCUGCAGCUGAUCCUGAGUUGCUGGGCACUGAGUUUUCUCUUGAUGUUUCCUCCCACCAUUAUGACCGCCCAGCUGCCAUUCUGUGGUCCCAAUGUCAUGAACCAUUUUUACUGUGACACUUCCCUGUUGCUGCAGCUGUCCUGCACUGACACAGGGUUCAUCGAAGAACUGAUGUUUAUCAUACUAAUUAUCAUCCUACCUGGUACUUUAAUAGUAACUGCUGUGUCUUAUGGCUGCAUUAUUGUCACCAUCUUGCGCAUUCCAUCUUCUGCAGGUAGGAAGAAGACAUUUUCCACUUGCUCAGCUCACCUCAUAGUGGUGAUGGUGUUUUACAGCACGUGUAUUUACAGGUACAUCCGCCCAGAGCAGAGAGGUGGGCAGGACUCGGACAAAAUUCUUUCUUUCUUCUUCUCUGUGCUAACUCAGAUGCUUAACCCAUACAUCUACUCGCUCAGGAACAGGCAAGUCAAGCAAGCUUUCAAGGAGAACAUUCUGAAGUUUUGUGGUUUCCUGAGACAGCUGUGAAUGCUGGAGUAGCUCAUCCAUGUAACUCAAUUGUUUUCCAGAUGUACCAUGUGUAUUGUGAAUUAAAGAUGCUGAUUUCAAAUGGUUUAUGCUUUCUAGACAUGAUAUGAUUCCUUCUGUUAGCAACAAAAAUAAUCCUGUGCUGCUGUGUGUCAGCACAGGAAGGAUUUUUUAGUUUUCUGUUACCUAACUUCAGCUUUGCCUCAGCAUUUCCCCCUCUUGCUSGGAUGUGUUAGCUUUAGUGAACAACCAAAUUCCCAGUCACACCUUCCACCCCACAGUGGGACAGAGCAGAGGCAGAAAACCAGAAAAACAGAAAUAAAACUAUUGUAGAUUGAGAUAAAGACAGAGAGAUGGUUGGCCAAUUUCUACCAGGAGUGAAACAUACUGGAUUUGGGGAAAACUAAUGUAAUUUAUUGCCAACUGAAAUAGUUUAGAUUCUGAGAAAUAAA